AUGUCUUACACAAUCGUAGUCAGAGUCAUCGACACCACCCACAACAACUCCAAUUUCACGCUCGCCGAGAAAACUGUGUGGCAUUAUGCCAAUGGCGGGAGGUGGUGCAACACAGACUCGAUCCAGACACUCACCAUGGGUGGCAGUGGUACAUCUGGUGGGCUCCGCUUCAUGUGCGGUACCGGGGAGGAGUUCCUCGUGGUGCUAGGCAUCCACAACUACAAGAGGUGGUGCGACAUCAACACUAACCUCGCACCUGGAGACACGGGGAUGAAGAUCCACCCCGAGUACUACACAGACGGCAGCCCUCAGAACAAGUUGCUGUGGGAUCAACUGUCUGAGAUCGAGAAGACUAGCGCAAAGGGAACCAAGGUGAACGUGAAGUACGUCCAGGAGGCAGCCGACGGAAAGUCCUUUGUCGUUCACAUCACCAUUUCUUGA